CUCGUAUGCCCGCACCUCCAGCACAUCAAGACAUUCCGCUACGAAGUGCCUUCCUUCCGCGUCUCAAGCUGGGGGACGCGCGAACGUUACCCUUUCCACUCCGAGGAAGAAAUGCUCUGUCGCGUUCUCGAGAGACUGCGCCACUCCGUCGAGAUGCUCGCUCUUUCGUCCGAGCCUGCUCCCAUACAAACGAUGGCGCAGUGGCGAUGGCCCAAGUUGCGGGAGCUCAAGCUCACGGGGGAACGUUGGGCUGAACCUCUCACUCCGGUCGUCUCGCUUUUCGCCAAGAUGCCUCAUCUCCGCAAGCUCGCCUUGGAGCUCACGCUGGUGCGCGGGCAGCUCUCGCAAGUUCCACCAUUGUGGCCGCGUGGAUACAUUGGGGCAUUUCCGUGGCCUAACCUCACCCAUCUCUCGCUCUCGCAUCCUCACCCUGAGGAUGAGCUGUUCACGAACCUACCCUCGGCGCUCCGCUCGCUAUCUCUAUGCUGCCAUCCGCACAAGUGGCAGAAGCUCUUAUUGGGCGGCUCCGGGACUGUCCACCACCGAUAUAAAUACGUGGUCUUGGACUCGUCGAAGAUGCUGAUUAUAUUGAGUCGGUGCCGGACGCCACAACUGACGCAUCUGGAGCUCGAGUACAACGCUGACGAGGGCGAAAACGACUUGCUGAGA